AUGGAAGUUUGCGCGCCUCUCAAAUCCGAUAGUAGAUUAAAGCACCGUCGUUUGACUGUUCUUAGGUUUAUAAGGGGUGUGAUAUGUUUGGUGGUGUUUCUUUCAACAGCUUUCAUAUGUUUAGUAUAUCUUUCGCCGCUUGCAGUCGUAGGAUUGCGGCUUUUCAGUGUUCGUUAUAGUAGGAAGGCGGUGUCAUUCUUCUUUGGACUUUGGUUAUCUAUGUGGCCGUUUCUUUUUGAAAAGAUAAACAAAACUAAAGUUGUGUUUUCUGGCGAUAGUAUUCCGAUGAGGGAACGUGUGUUACUUAUUGCCAAUCACAGAACUGAGGUUGAUUGGAUGUACUUGUGGGAUCUUGCGCUUCGUAAGGGAAGACUAGGGUUUAUAAAAUAUAUCCUUAAGAGUAGCUUAAUGAAAUUGCCGAUUUUCGGUUGGGGAUUUCAGAUUCUGGAAUUCAUUGCAGUGGAGAGGAAGUGGGAGAUAGAUGAGAAAAUAUUGCAACAAAAUCUUUCAACUUUUCAGGAUCCCAAAGAUCCUUUAUGGCUAUCGAUUUUUCCUGAAGGAACCGAUUAUACUGAAAAGAAGUGUAAAAGUAGUCAAAAGUUUGCUGCUGAAGUUGGGCUUCCUGUGCUGACGAAUGUAUUACUUCCAAAAACAAAGGGGUUUCACACUUGCUUGGAAGCUCUUCGAGGCUCAUUGGACGCAGUAUACGAUGUGACAAUUGCAUACAAGAAUCAGUGUCCUUCCUUUCUGGACAACGUUUUUGGUCUUGAUCCUUCAGAAGUACACAUGCAUAUUCGUCGUAUUCCUGUAGAUGAGAUUCCAGUUUCAGAAACAAAAGCAGCAUCUUGGCUAAUGAAUACAUUCCAAAUCAAGGACCAAUUGCUCUCUGAUUUCAAGAUUCAAGGCCAUUUCCCCAACCAACUUAAUGAAGAGGGAAUCUCUACAUUCAAGUGCCUUCUCACUCUGACCUUGAUAGUUUCUUUUACUGCCUUGUUUACAUAUUUUACGUUUUUUUCUCAUAUCGGCUUCAAGUUGUAUGUAGGUCUAUCUUGUGCAUAUCUUUCUAUUGCAACGCGCUUCAAAAUUCAAUUGAUGCCUUUAACAGAUUAUGUUCAUGCAUUCUAUAACAACAAGAAACAAAAGAAUGGAUAG